AUGUUGAUCUUUAUUGCAGUGGUUUUAGAGAUUCUUCCUAAGGUGAUACCCAUUUUUCCUCUCCCCAUCUGCAACAUCAGUAGCAGCCCUCUUCCAAGUGUUCACAAGUAUUAUCAGCCUGGAGAUCUCAUAAUUUCUGCCAUCAUUUAUCAGAUCAUUUUUGUUUCAUCUGAGAUCACUUUUCAAAGUCUUCCUUCUCAUGAAUUGCUUGAUCAGUAUCUGUUCCUCACUCAUAAUUACCAGCACACUUUGGCUCUGGCAUUUGCUGUAAAAGAGAUCAAUGAACAUACUGGGAUUUUACCCAACAUUACCCUUGGUUUCCACAUUGCUACUGACAACUCUCUGGAAAGCACAACAUAUCUUUUAGCAAUGGAACUUCUCUCUACAAGAAACAGAUUUAUCCCAAACUACAAGUGUGAUAUCCAGAACAGUGCAAUAGCUGUGAUAGGAGGACCACAGAAAAAGUCCUGCCUCAACGCGGCAAUUAUAUUGCACAACUAUAAGUUUCCACAGAUCACAUAUGGAUCAGCUCCCAUGAUGAAGAAUGAAGCAGAUGCAGGUUUUUUCAGUUGGAUGUUCCCAAAUGAGAUCCAUCAGUUUAAUGGAAUACUAUACUUACUAUUACAGUUUGGAUGGACCUGGGUUGGGAUAGUUUCUAUGGAUGAGGAGAGUAAACAGAGGUUCAUUCAAAAAUGGCUUUCAAAGUUUUCUGAGAAAGGCAUCUGCUUUGACUUUAUGGAAUGUAUCAACCAAAUGAAGUAUGGCAAUGAAGCUGCUGAAAUGAUUGAAGAGACGGAUAAAGUGUAUCAAGUCAUCAUGGGGAGUACUGUCAGUGCAGUAAUCUUGAAAGGUGAAAUUUGGACCAUCAUGACUUUGAGAAUAAUGAUCUACUUGUUAGACUCUGAGGAUAUUCCCAAGGAGAAAAAAUCCAAAAUUUGGAUCAUGACAGCCCAGAUGGAAUUCACCUCCAUCCUGAUGCAAAGACAGUUGCCCAUUGAUUUUCUCCAUGGUGCUCUUUCCUUUGCAAUUCAUUCAAAGGAGUUGACCGGAUUCCAACAAUUUAUACAGAAGAGAAACCCAAACUUAGAAAAAGACGAUGGGUUUAUAAGGGAUUUCUGGAAAGAUGCAUUUGAAUGCUCAUUCUCCAGUGAUGUUACAGAUGGGAAUGCUGAAAGGAUCUGCACUGGAGAAGAGAAGCUGGAGACUCUUCCGAAUUCUGUCUUUGAGACCACCAUGACUGGACACAGUUACAGCGUCUACAAUGCAGUCUAUGCUGUAGCACAUGCUCUGAAGGCCAUGCACUCCUCCAAACUCAAAGAAGUUCAAAGAAUGGAUGAGAGGAGGUGGAAGUUCUUCCUUCAAUCAUCAUGGCAGCUUCACUAUUUUCUGCAACGAAUUUCCUUUAACAACAGUGCUGGUGAAGAAGUUUCUUUUGGCCCCAAUGGGGAAUUGCUGACUGGAUUUGAUAUUCUCAAUUGGGUCACAUUCCCAAAUAAGUCCUUUCGGAGAGUCCAAGUCGGAAAGAUCGACCCCAUGGCUUCCCCAGACAAACUCCUCAUCAUUUCUGCCAAAGAUGCUGUUUGGCCCUUCAUAUUUAACCAGACAUUACCUCUUUCCAUUUGUAACAAGAAAUGUCCUCUUGGCCAUAGCAAGAUAAAAGUGGAAGGGCAAUUAUCUUGCUGCUAUGACUGUAGACGGUGUCCUAAAGGGAAGAUAGCGGACCAGCUGGACUUGGAUGAUUGCCUCACAUGUCCAGAGGAUCAAUAUCCAAACAGAGUUCAGGAUAGGUGCCUUCAAAAAAGCAUAAAUUACUUAACUUAUCAAGAACCUCUGGGGAUUUCUUUGGUAGUGAAUGCCAUCUUCUUUUCUUUUGUCUCAGCUACGAUUCUGGGGAUCUUUGUUAAAAACCAGGAAACUCCUAUUGUCAAAGCCAACAACAGGAACCUCACUUAUUGCCUUCUCAAUGCUCUCUGCACCUCAUUCCUUUGUGCUUUGCUCUUCAUUGGGCAACCUGACCAAGUGAAAUGCCUCUUGCGACAAACUGCCUUUGGCGUCAACUUCUCUGUAGCUCUUUCUUGUAUAUUGGGGAAAACAAUCAUAGUGGUCCUUGCUUUCAUGGCCACCAAGCCCGGAUCCAAAAUGAGAAAAUGGGUGGGGAAAAGGCUGGCUCUCUCUAUUGUCCUAUCUUGCUCCCUGACACAAUUCUGCAUUUGUGUAGUGUGGCUCACAAUUUCUCCUCCCUUCCCAGAUUCUGACAUGCACUCCAUGGCUGAAGAAAUUGUUCUACAAUGUAAUGAAGGUUCAACCACAAUGUUUUAUACAGUGCUUGGCUUUCUGGGGUUCUUGACUGCUGUCAGUUUCACUGUGGCCUUUCUAGCCAGGAAUUUACCUGACAGCUUCAAUGAAGCCAAAUUUAUCACCUUCAGCAUGUUAGUCUUUUGCAGUGUCUGGGUGUCAUUUGUUCCCACCUAUCUGAGCACCAAGGGGAAAUACAUGGUGGCUGUGGAGAUCUUCUCCAUUUUGGCUUCUUCAGCUGGAUUACUAGGUUGCAUUUUUGUGCCUAAAUGUUAUAUCAUUAUUCUAAGACCUGAUCUGAAUAAGAAAGAGCAACUAAUAAAGAAAUGA